UCGCUACCUCCACUCUAUGUUCGAGCCCCGCAUUGACAGUUCAUGUGCGGCUGAUUACUGCUCUGAUAUCUUCUUCCUUUUUGCCCAAACUUUCAGUCGUGAAGUUAUUUAACUUCGAGGUUGCCCUCAACCUGCGUAUCGCCGUUACCUUUCUAUUCCUGCCACUUGUUAACGAUCUUUUAUCCCGAUACCCUGCCAUCUACAGUUUGUUCUGGCAGUCCAUACUACUACUUUUGUAGCUUCUUUACCCAAUACAAUACAAGCCUACUUUAGCCUACAUCUACCUAAGUUCGCUGAAAAUGCCGGAACACAGCUUACAGCAACAAAGCUACGACCAGCACAUCGGCAUGCUGCGUGCGAUCAUUGCCGACGACCACUUUGGCGGCCAGAUGUCAAGCAAAAUCGUCGACGCCUGGCUCGAAGGGUUGAAACCCAGCAGCCGCAUUCCAUUGCCACCAGAAGUGCAAGGCUUUUACGGCGGCAGCGUCAAAGCCUCACUGCCCAUCGAGGUCGCGCGCGCAUCGUACAAAUUUAUUGCGCAUGAAACGACCGACAAAGAGAAAGUUGCCAAAUACGCACUGCGGAUGCUCGUCGCGCUGUCGGUACUCGACAUUGAUCAGGUCGCCCAGGACGAACCGAACUUGGCGGCGCUCGCGCUGUGGCAUAAGGCGCUGGCGCUCGUGCGGCUCCCUGAUAGCGUCGAUAGGCUCGCUGACACGUUUCGUCGCUAUGAAGAGGUGCGGCCGAGAUCAAAUUUAUCUGAUAGUAAGUUGCCGCAGCCGGAGCGGCUUAAAACUCGCCUGCACAGCGUCGCGGAAGACCUUGAGAAUACGAGCGCUUCAAAGUGGCUGGGUAAUUGGCGGCCGAAAGACUCGGGUUGACGACAUGAAGGGGAUGGUAAGCGCGAACCUGGUGGACGGAAUCGAACCGUCUCAAAUCGACAUCGACUUCGACUUCGACAGCGCGAGGUCCUUGCGGAAUCAGGUGACAGGAAUAGCAAGCCUGAGCCAGAGUCGGGAAACUUGCUUGCGAUGAAGGGUUGGUGCAACGAAGAUUUCGCUUGUGGUAGAAGGAAUUAGGCAGGGCUGCGGAUGUGCAUAAAUUAGGUUCUUAGGUCUUGCUACUACCUCUGCCGAAAGAUAGAUUUCGUUAAUGCAUAUGUGAGAGAAGUGAAG